AUGCCCUUGACCCUCUGGCCGAAGUGGCUGGUAGGUAAGGGACUGCCCCUUCUCGGAGCAGCGCUGCUGCGGAAGAGAGAAAAGACGGAACCACAAUGGAGCCAUUGGCGGAGGGAAACCCACCCAUACUACGACCUUCAAGUGAAGGUGCUGAGGGCCAGAAACAUCCAGGACACAGAUCUGUUGUCCAAGGCUGACUGCUAUGUCCAACUGUGGCUGCCCACAGCUUCCUUUAGCCCUGCUCAGACAAGGACAGUGGCUAACUGCAGUGACCCAGAGUGGAAUGAGACCUUUCAUUAUCGGAUCCAUGGUGCUGUGAAGAACGUCCUGGAGCUUUCCCUCUAUGAUAAGGACAUCCUGGACAGCGAGAAGCUCUCCUUACUUUUGUUUGACCUGAGUAGUCUCCAGCCAGGCCAGCCUCACACAGAAAACUUCACUCUGAACCAGCAGGAUUCAAGAGAGCUGCAAGUAGAAUUUACUCUGGAAAAGAGUCAGAUGCCUGCAUCUGAAGUCAUUACCAAUGGGGUCCUGGUGGCUCACCCCUGCCUGAGAAUCCAGGGCAUGCUCAAGGGAGACAAGACAGCUUCACUUGGAGAACACGGCUCGAGGCAGAUCCGGUUGGCCGUGCCUGGGGCCUAUGAGAAGCCACAGUUAGUACCUCGGCAGCCGACCUUUACCUUCCAUGUGAACCCAGUGCCGAGCCCCACGCUGCAAGUGAGGGUGGAAAAGCCCCUAUUUUUGCAGAGCUGCCCCACUGAUCAGCUGGAGGCUCAGAGCAGCAAGCCGGGCCAGGCAAGCCUCCUGCUCUCCUCUCUGCCCCUCGGCCAGGAGGAACAGCACACUGUGGUGCUGGAGGAGGGCCAGGAGGUGACUCUGAGUGUGAAAGCAGAAAUGAGCUCUGGGGACUUAGACCUGCGCCUUGGGUUUGAGCUCUGUGACGGGGAGCUGGAAUUUCUGGACAAGAGGAAGCAGGUCGCAGCCAAGGCCCUGCAGCUGGUGAUGGGACUGAGUGAAGCUCCACACAGCGACCAG